GGGACACAGCCCUAAGCCAAAGAAAAAAUGAAGAUAUCAAACAAAGCAUUUGCCUCUACCAUGAUCUUCUUUCUUUUAAUCCUUCCUUUAACCCAUUCCUUCAACUAUCAACAAGCUCUCUCCAUUAGUCUCCUCUACUUCGAGUCGCAACGCUCCGGUCGCCUUCCCUACAACCAAAGACUCACUUGGCGCCACCAUUCCGGCCUCACUGAUGGCCUCCAUCAAGGAGUGGACUUGGUUGGAGGGUACUAUGAUGCUGGCGAUAACGUUAAAUUCGGUUUACCAAUGGCAUUCACCGUCACAAUGCUGUCGUGGGGCGUUAUUGAAUAUGGAGAACAAAUUGCAGCCGCGGGAGAGUAUAUUCAUGCCCUGGAGGCUAUCAAGUGGGGCACUGAUUACUUCAUCAAAGCUCACCCGCACCCAAACGUCUUAUGGGCUCAAGUGGGAGACGGGGCAACAGAUCACUACUGCUGGCAGCGGCCGGAAGACAUGACGACGUCGCGACAAGCCUACAAGAUAGACGAAAACAACCCGGGCUCGGAUGUUGCUGGAGAGACCGCAGCAGCAAUGGCAGCUGCAGCAAUUGUUUUCAGUAGAACAAACCCACAUUACUCUCAUCUACUACUCCACCAUGCAGAAGAGUUGUUUGAAUUUGGUGACAAGUAUAGAGGGAAAUAUGAUGAGAGUAUUGAAGUAGUAAAAGGGUAUUAUCCGUCCGCAAGUGGGUACAUGGAUGAGUUGCUGUGGGCAGCAACGUGGCUUUACAAAGCAAGUGGAAAAGAAGAAUAUUUAAAAUAUGUAAUUGAAAAUGCUUUGGAUUUUGGUGGGAUUAGUUGGGCCAUCAAUGAGUUCAGUUGGGAUAUUAAGUAUGCUGGUCUCCAAAUCCUUGCAUCCAUGUUGGCAGUAGAGGAAAAGCAGAAAGAAGAGAAGUUGAUAGUAGAAGCAUACAAAUCAAAAGCCGAGCACUACCUAUGCAGUUGCCUCAACAAGAGUUCCACUAAUAACAACCUUAAACGCACCCCAGGAGGGUUACUAUACACCCGCAAAUGGAACAAUCUCCAAUACGUCACCACCGCAACUUUCCUUCUCACACUCUACUCUGACCAUCUCGAAUCCUCAAAUCAACGCCUCAGAUGCAGCAACGAUGAUGAAGUGGGGCCUGAAGAAAUGUUGAGUUUAGCUAAGUCACAAGUUGACUACAUCUUGGGGGAGAAUCCAAUGGGGAUGAGUUACUUGGUUGGGUUCGGUGGAAGGUACCCGGAAAGGGUGCACCACAGAGGAGCGUCGAUGGAAUCGGUAAAAGAGAAAAGGGGUUUCAUUGGAUGUGUGCAGGGGUAUGAUGACUGGUAUGGACGUGUUGAUGGGAACCCUAAUGUGUUGAUGGGUGCGGUGGUGGGUGGGCCUAAUGAGAGAGAUGAAUUUAACGAUGAACGGUCUAAUUUUAGGCAGACUGAAGCUUGUACUUAUAAUACGGCGCCCUUAGUUGGUGUCUUCGCCAGGUUUAAUCAAUUACAAUCUCAAAACCAUGAUUUUUAGACUAUAUCACCCACAAACACACUGUGUACCCAAAACUCAACUUUCCCGAUAUACUUUUAGAAAGGAAUGAAAAUAAUUGAAAUUUGUCCGAAAUAUUUAAGAAACGAAUGACGAAGAAAUAGAAAUUGUCCUAUGCAUAUAUUUAAUUCGGUA